CUGUGGCAGACACUGUCCGGCACGAAGGGAAUAAGUUACUGCGUCUCCAGCAAGACCGUUACCGGGCACAAACCUUGUUGUUGUUCAUCUUGAUUAUCUGAACACGGACGAACGGUUAUACACAGGGUGAACAUGACAUUAUUUUGUCAUCAACUUUUCAUCCUCCUAUGGAUUGUUGUCACAGUGUUGUCUUUUUCUUUAGGGGGGGAGUCCAACACCCAGACUCCUGGCACACACGGCAGUCCUGGGCCCACAGAUACAUCCAUGACCCCAGGAGAUAGAUCCACCACCCUCUUAUCAACAACGACCCCAGUCUCCACUGAACUCAGCUCCGCCACCACAGACCGAGCCACCACCACCCAGGACCCCUCAACUGUCCACCCUAGCACUGAUGGUACCUCACCCACAACAGCAGCUGUCUCUAAAACUAAAGAGGUCUCUACUACGACAGACCUGACCUCAACUUCUGAUACGACAGAGUCUACAGGCGCAGUCGUCACCACUGUGACAGAAACAAGAACUAUCCCGUCGGUCAGCACAGCAGAGAUGACUUCCUCCCUCAAGACCUCAGCGUACACUGUCACGUCCCCUGAGUCGACGGAAAAAGACAGUCAAUCUACAGACAGUGGCAUGACAACACCCACCACCACAGGGGUCUCUCCGUCUACCACGGAACGUGCCGGAGCCUUCUCCUCUGUCACCACGGAGACAGGCCGUACCUCAAACACAACUCCAGACAUUGUCCCAACCAGCAGUACCAAAGAGCCAGGCACACAUGAAACAACAGCUAUCAAUACAGCUACCACAAAUACAGGUACCAAAGACAGUAAGACCACAGGUACAGGGAUCACAAAGUCCACCAUCCCACCAACUGGUCAGACCUCUCUGUCUUCAACACGCCCCUCCUCCACUACAAAGGGCCCUGAGACCUCUCUCCCAGUAACAGAGGGUGGUACCCUGUCUUCAACACGCCCCUCCUCCACUACAAAGGGCCCUGAGACCUCUCUCCCAGUAACAGAGGGUGGUACCCUGUCUUCAACACGCCCCUCCUCCACUACAAAGGGCCCUGAGACCUCUCUCCCAGUAACAGAGGGUGGUACCCUGUCUUCAACACGCCCCUCCUCCACUACAAAGGGCCCUGAGACCUCUCUCCCAGUAACAGAGGGUGGUACCCUGUCUUCAACACCGCCCUCCUCCACUACAAAGGGCCCUGAGACCUCUCUCCCAGUAACAGAGGGUGGUACCCUGUCUUCAACACGCCCCUCCUCCACUACAAAGGGCCCUGAGACCUCUCUCCCAGUAACAGAGGGUGGUACCCUGUCUUCAACACGCCCCUCCUCCACUACAAAGGGCCCUGAGACCUCUCUCCCGGUGACCGAUGGCGCCACGUCCUCAACCCCCACAGCUACCAUUACAGGGAGCCCUCAUACAGACAAAACCACUGGAACACAGGGGACUACCGAUUCUACAACCACAGCUGACACUCCAGCCUUGCCCCCCACCUCCGGCUCUUCCUCCAGCCCACCCUCUCCAGUCUCAACCCAAACCCCAGGCAGCAGCACUGAGGCCCCCAUAGACACCUCCACCACCACCCCUGCCACCUCACACACCAUCACACCUACAGGAGAAACCUCUGAACAACCAACUAGCAAAACUAGUGAGAGCCCACUUCCUCCUUUCCACACCUCCACCUCCCCUACCGGUGGAAUCACCACCCAGCCAGAGUCAGCCAUCACUGCUACCACAUCCCUGCCUCCACCCAUCUCCAUAGUGUGUCCCUCCACUCCCUGUCCGUAUGAUAGCAUCUGUCUCAAUGGUACCUGCCAGUGUGUGUCUGGGACCUUCCUCUUAGAGGGCCGCUGUGUACAAGCCCAAGUCUUCUCUGGAGACCUGCAUCUCAACCAGGCAUUUCAGGAUGAAAUGAGCAACCGGUCAUCAGUCAUAUUUCAGCAAACAGCAGCCAGUAUCUCAGAGGCACUGAGAAGAGCCUUGGAAAACGAGUCUGGAUACAGCCAAACUGAUGUGGUGUUGCUUAGGCGAGGCAGUGUGAUCGCAACCGUGAACAACGUGUUUAAACUAGGCUCCAGUGCCACCCAGACGUCGACCAAUGGCGCUAUAGAGAAAGCCAUACAAGCCUGUGGUACGACCUGUGGGACUAUACUGGAAAGAGCUACAUUUACCGCCACUGACCUAUGUGAUCAGGCCCCCCAACCGUGUGAUGUCCGCUCUACCACGUGCGAGUACAAAGAAGAUGGAGUGACCAGAUGCUCCUGUAAGGCUGGCUACAUCAACAGCUUCUACUCAAACCAAAGCUGCACAGCCUGUCCCAGUGGUCAAAGGUCAGAGGGAGACACAUGUGUGCCAUGCCCGUUUGGCUACGCUGGAUUCAACUGCACUGACUCGGCUCUGUUGGCAGUGGUGGUCAUCGCCUGUGUACUGGGGGGAGUCCUUCUCAUCAUGCUGCUGGCCUUGUUUGCAUAUUGCUGCUGGUACCGGUCGCAGUCAGUGAAGAAGCCUUCAGCAGAGUUCAGCAGCCCGUACCCUGUGGAGGACUUCCAGGGCCCCUGGUCCACCACCCAGGGCAUCACCCCGAUCCCCCGGGCCAGCACCAACUGGGCUUCAGCCCCCAUGGAGAUGACCGAAGGGGGCAGCACACACCACCUGGUCGACAUGAAACCCCACACCAACGGAGCGGGAUUCCACAUCCUGCCUAAACGGGGGAAGAAGACCGGGUCGUAUGACCUGACCUCAGACAGCAUGAACACGUUCAAGGGGAAGAACCAGUCUCGCUACUCCUACCUGGUGCAGGGCCACGAGAACCCUUACUUCAUACCUGCAGAUGACAGGAGACCCGUAUGAGAACCUCAGCGACGUCUGGAGGCAAGGGCCCGUAUCCACACAGCGUCUCAGAGCAGAAAUGCUGAUCUAGGAUAAUUUUUUUGCCGCCUUAAAUCAUAAUGACUAAAAAAAGGGGAGACCUGAUCCUGGAUCAGCAAUCCUACUCUUAGAUGCUUUAUUAAUAUUUGCUGUUGGGAGGAGAGAAGGAUGGGUUAGAGAGAGGAGGGGAGGCUACAGGGAAGAUAUGGGGGGGGGGGU